AUACAUAAUACUAUAUAUACAUUAUUAAAUGUACGAGAUGUUUGGUACAUCAUCCAGUAAAAAAUCACAAUUGCUUCAAGCAGCUCAAAAUGAACGGCAAUUACGCUUACAACAAAAACAGCAAGAAAAAGCAGUGAUAAAAAUUCAGGCAUAUGUACGUAUGUUUAUAAACAAAAGAAGAUUUCAUCACAACAUUAGGAAUGAGUUCGAUGCUUGUUUUGAACAAAAGCAGACAAACAUCACUCAGCCAGCUUUAAAUGUAUUUCUCCAAGCAAGAAAAUUGUUACUUGUGUACAACUCAACUCAGGAUGAACAGCGUUUUCUGUUGCUAUGCAAGACCAUCGUUACAAGUCUUGACACCGGCAAAGAGCCUAAAUACUGGUAUAUGUCAGUGAUGUUAAUAAAAGAAUGGACCAGUGCUUGGUUGAAACAUAUUAAGCAGUUGUUGGUUAUUUGUUCCAAUCAACUGAAAACGGCAAGGACUCAUAUAUCAUCUGGUAGCAAAUCUGCGAGUAUUUAUUUAAGCAUGUUGGUGACAUUCACAGAUUGUACACAUUGGAAAAUAUUAAAAAUAAAAGGAGGAGAAAAUAUUCGACCUGUCAUGCAGCAAGUCUGCUCAUCUGUUACAAUGGAAUUAACUGCAAAAGGGUUAAUUAUCUCAUUACAGGAAUUUCUCAUGAAUGGUUUAAACAGAUCUUCAAUAUGUCUUAAUACGUUGUCCCUAUCUGCUGUUACUGCUUUAAUCAUCAGAAUUAUGAACACGUCCACGAUGAACAGUACGUCUGGUAUAAUGAUCCUGAUACUGAAAGUACUUACUGUUCCUGCAUAUAUACGUCAUGUUAAUAGUCUCUCUCCUGAUGCAACCAAACUUUUAGUUGAUUUUGAUGCUUAUACUAAAGUAUUGGACGCGCUUCACAAUUACGAAAACCUUUCCAAAGUGUAUUCUUCACUUGAUGCUCAUGUUUGUUUAUGUCUCAUAGGAAAUCUUCUUAGUUUGUGCUCUAUCAAUAUACAGAAAUUUCAUUCAACUAAGGAUAAACUUAAGAUAAUUCUUAGUGGCCUUCUAAAUCAUUGUAAGACAUUUGUUGGUGGAAAGCAUUCUGGAAAUUCAAAAUGGCAUCCAGUUUUUGGUUGGUGCAAAGAUUUAAAUAAGUCAAGGUCCAAUGAAAGUUAUAUUCAUGUUGUGUCACAAUUAAAAUGUUUGUGGAAGCAACCUUUGGUUGGUACAUUUUUCGAAAAUUUACCAAAUGUAAAUGAAUUGACAACAACUCAGGACAAUGAAACUAAAGGAAGCAUUCUUCGUAGAGCGUUUAUGAAAACAUUUAAGAAAAUAUCCUCUGGUGUUGUUGAUCUUAACGAACCAAUAGUUAUUGACAUCUGCAUGACAUGUGAUUUGUAUCAAACAUUAACAGCAACUUUGUCACAAUUAAAAUUGGAAAUUGUUGCAAGUUUAAGCCUACAAGAAGAAGUGUUGGUGCGAUUGUGGCGCUUCAUAUAUUCAAUUGGACCUGGUGCUGGAAUGAAAAGCAUUUUAAACUUCAUCAAUGAAAACAGCCAGACGUUACCUAAACCUUUGUCAUCUUUGUUGAUCCUGUUUUGUGAAUGCUCAGCCCAGUUAAUACCUAUCCUGGACGAUAUUGAGUUGUAUGAAACACAAAAACCAUACACAUGUGAUGACUUGGUACAGAUGUCGGCUUUCUUAAAUUCGCUCGUCUUCAGAUUAAUAUGGAACGAACCAGAUCCAUCAAUGCCAAAGGAAGUUGAAAAGGAUUAUACAGUUCGUAACUCCGCAUUAGAAUUGCUACUGUUGUUGUAUGAUCGCGAUUGUCGGAGACAGUUUACACCGCCUAAUCAUUGGCUAAUCAAAGAAAUAAAAGUGUCCCAAUUUCAAACUGAAUUAAAAGAGAAGAAGCCAAGAGCUCUUACAAUAUUUGGUUUCAUUCCUCACGUCAUUCCACACAUGGAAAGAGUAAAGAUAUUUCAUCGUCUUGUGAGUGCUGACAAAAGGUCACUUGGUAUCGAUAAAGAUUCACGAGCCUCGGCGCUAGUUUCCAUCAAAAGAUCUCGCUUACUCGAGGAUGGGUAUGAGCAGUUGAGUCGAUGCUCAGGCAGCCAAUUGAAAGGUAUCGUUAGAGUGAAGUUUAUAAAUGACCAGGGUCUUGAUGAAGCUGGCAUUGAUCAAGAUGGAGUUUUUAAAGAAUUUCUUGAAGAUGUCAUCUCACAUGCUUUUGACCCACAGUUGAAUUUAUUCAAGUUGACAACAGGUGGUGAUGAGCAGAGAUUGUAUCCUUCCCCUACCUCUUUCAUCCACGAGAAUCAUUUGUUAUUGUUUGAAUUUGUUGGAAAGAUGUUGGCAAAAGCUCUUUAUGAGGGUAUUUUAGUCGAUGUACCGUUCGCUUCGUUUUUUCUUAACAAUUUAUUGCAACGCCAGCAUUCUAUUCUGUACAGUUCCAUCGACGAGCUGCCAUCUUUAGAUCCUGAAAUGUAUAAAAAUUUAAAUUUUAUCAAGAGCUAUGAAGGCGAUGUUUCAGAUUUAGCGUUGGUGUUUGCUUUCGAUGAAGACGUACUUGGUCAACUGGUUACACAUGACCUGAAACCUGGUGGCCGAGCCAUUCAAGUCAACAACUCAAACAGAUUGACCUAUAUUCAUCUGAUGGCGCGAUAUCGUAUUCACAUUCAAAUUAAAGAACAAAGUUCGGCAUUUAAAUGUGGUUUUCAUUCAAUUAUCUCACCAGAAUGGCUGUCGGUAUUUUCAGGACCAGAACUUCAGCGUCUUAUAUCAGGGUCUGCGGAAACGUUGGAUCUAUCUGAUUUAAGAAACAAUACUCAAUAUUAUGGAGGUUACCAUGCUGGCCAUCAAACUAUAUCGUGGCUUUGGGACAUAUUGAACAAUGACUUUAGUUUGGCUGAGAAAAAGCUUUUCUUAAAGUUCGUAACGAGUUGCUCGAAUCCACCGCUGUUGGGAUUCAAACAUUUAGAGCCACAAUUUUCGAUACGCUUCGUGGACUGCUCCGAGGAUGAGGAUGUUGGCGAUUCAGUGGGCAGUGUUGUUCGUGGUCUGUUUAACGUUCGUAAACGCAAUUCAUCGUCAGUAGCUCGUUUGCCAACCGCCUCAACGUGUUUUAACUUGUUAAAACUUCCUAGUUACAAAAAGAAAACUAUUUUGAGGGACAAAUUAAAGUAUGCUAUCAAAUCCGAGUCUGGGUUUGAGCUUUCGUAAUAUUUUUAUUUCCGGCUGCUGCGUUUCUUCCUGAACAUGGAAAUGUUGUCGACAAUAACAUGGAAAAGUAUUAGCGAAAAUAUAGUGACAAAUUGACGGUUUUUCAAUACAGCUGAAUAUCGACGACUUAACAUCGUAAAAUGGACGGCUAUAUAUUGAAGCACAACAAAGUAUAAAUAUAAAAUAAUAUGUUGCCGCGUUAUAGCAGCGAAUAACAAACCUGGUUACAAGAUUUUGUAUACAUGUCUUCUUGAAGAUUCUUAUUGUUUUUUGUUAUGUUGGAGUGUGACUGGCUUUGUUUGUGUUAAUAUUUUUGGAAUUUAACCCUGUUUUCAUCUUAAUUUUCUUCCCUAGUUUUUAUUGUCACCAGCUGGAAAUUGUGACUCCCUUUGAACAGUUUUUACCCGAAAGACUGGGAACUAUAUUGCUAACUGUACAUUGUUUACUGUAUCCAUAUAAGAGCAUCCAGAUGAUUUCAAGACAAAAUUCGCUUAUUUGCUUUUAUUUGCGAAAAAACUAAAACAAAGCAAACUUUAUAUUUCCGCGAAUCAUCGUGCUUUGUUUCGCAUUUCAUAUGACGCAGAGAAUAACGAAAAUUCAUUUUCAACUGGAAAUAUGCGCCAUAUUUAAUUACUACAUUACGUCAUUGUUGAAUAACACAUUCGUCAGCAAAAUAUAUGUUUUUUUCACACGUACCAAUCUUUCUUCCAUACUCCUUUUAACAAAAAGGUCGUACUUCUUUCUUGUGUUUGUUUUUAUUCUUUCGAUGUUUUUUUAAUGAAUUUUAUUUUAUUAAAGAUUGUAAAAAGAUUAAGAAUGUAAUUUUCUAUUUAUUCAUUAAAAACAUCUUUAAACAUUAUAUAACAUUGUUUAUUUUUUCAUUUCUAUUGACACAACAUUUGUCAGUUUCGUGUCAAUCAUGUCAACCCUAAUAUUGUCAUCAAUUUACAUGUAUAUACCCUGUCUGAAAACAACCUUAAUCUUCACCCCCUUUUUAGUAGGGGAUAAUUAGGUUAGCGACAACCUCCUCCACAGGGCUGGUUAUGUUUUUGUAUUCGGGACGGGAAAGUUAUUGACGAACAGUGUCAACUUUGAGGACCUUCAAGUCAGCAUCAGGUGUACAAUAACCCUAAGAACGAGCUUUAACCUCGUUCCCAGGGCAUUUUGCAUUGUUGAUGAAGUUGUUUGUUGUUGGCCAUUUCGUAAUAACAGCUCAGGGGCCACAAGACCCUGUGGACGAGGUUGGAUUCUGCUCAAGGAUGGAGCGGAUCCGAUUGUAAAAUUAUGAUUUGUAAUCCAAACUGUUGAAAUUAUUUAUCAGAACAAAAGUUAUUUCUGUUUUGUUUUGUCUUUUAGUGGAGAUUUAAGUUAUGUCGUUUUUGCACCCUCGACGAGGGUUGUUUGUCAUCUUUCAUAUCAAGAAGUCAAAAACCCUGAGGACGAGUGUAGUCGUUUUCCCUGUUAAACAGCAUGGGAUCGAGAGCCUAAAAUACACAAACGAGGUUGAUUUGAAAGCUUGAGCAAUUAACUGGCAUUCUACAUUGGUUCCGAUUAAUUCUAGCAAAUUACGUUUUAAAUUACAUUAUUGGGGAAGCUUGUAAACAACUUGUUUAUAAGAUAGAAAAAAAACAUUAAAAUAAGUAUGUGACAGAAUAAUGAAUACCAUUUUGAUGCAAAAUAUGUUUGUGCAUUUUUGCUUUCCCAGGGCACCCUAUGUACUUUUUCCAUCGGAAUAGCCGAGUCCAACACUACAACGCGUUUCGGGAAGUUGUAAAUCCAGAUUGACGGGUUUUUUAACAGUCAUGGGAGCUUGCCUAGGACCUGACGUCAUCCUUAGAGAGUGCAUGUAGGGAAAUUAAGAAUGUCUCGAAAUUUCUGUUUGUUACACGUUUCUUGCUCCCCAUACAUCAUACAGGACGUAAAUAAUAAUUCAAUUAGACGUCAUUUUUUGCUGACACAGAACAACAAAGUGUUUUAUCAUUUAAAUGCGCCGUACUUUUUAUUCUAGACAUUUAAAACUGUCCUCAAGUGAGUAAUGAAAGUUGUCAGUAUCAACUCUUCCGCCGUAAAUCUGACUCAAUUUUGAACGAGAUUGAGCUUUUUCUUCAAGAAAAAUGUAAAUUUUCCCGGGGUUUGAAAUCUGAAGUACACCCGAGGUGGUUUUGUUUUGCGCAUGCGUUGUUAUUUAUUUUGGUCUGAACUUCAUGUCAUGACGAACCGAGAGAGAAGUUCGAAGAAACUGUUUGGAAAUUCAGCUCGUAACACUGGUAUUUUCUGUAUAUUCAUAGGAAACUUUCAUGUUAUGUUCUUUUUUAACCUUCAAAGAAUUUCUCCCUAACUAGCUCCUUUAUUACAUGCGUUUCUUUAUCUAUAUAACUAUUUGAAAAUCAAUGUAAGAUUGGUAGGGUGGGAUGUAGGCAAAUAUUCGGCUUGUUUUGGUUAGCCAUAGAUAGCUAGCUAUAUAUAUUUUUUAUUUCCCGUAUUUUGUUUGAAAUUCUAAUUUACAACUGUAUUUAGCCAGUACUUUAUACCAUGUCACAAGCUUCCAAAUUUACCUUCCUUGUCUGUUCUUCUUAUACCCCCAAUUGUAUGACACCCUCCUCUGAUAAUGGAACAUCAUUAAAAAGCCUCCUUUAAGAUUGCCUUCCCGACAGUUAUCUUCAUCGCAAACAGAAGAAUUGUGGAACUGUUAUAUUUUUAGAUUAGUUGUAGUAUAGCAUAGCGUUAUGAUUUUGCGUCUGGAGCAUUAAGUUUUUAUUCGCACACAUACACACAGCACAGUCAAAAUAUGUAAGAAACAUACCAAACAAGCAAAUUCUAUCACUAGCCUUUUCUGAGAACUCUACGCAAUGUCUGUCUUUUCGGCAGAGUUAUUUGCAAGCUUUUUAAUGUUGAAGAGUGGACAAAUCUCCUUCAAAAGGCAUGUUUGACUCACCCAAUACUUGUUGAUAGACAAAGUAAUGUUGACAUAAAGUCUCUGACUUAAUAGAUCACAUAGAGGUCCAAGAUACAGCAUUGGUGCUUUACUACAACCAAAAUGUAUGUUUUUUUUAUUUUUAAAAUAGAUGCCAAUAUGCACAAGAAUUUGUUUUUUCCACUGACUCAAAUGUUUUAAAGGAAAAUGCAGGUAUCAGCCUUCUAGAUAAAGUUUCAUCAUACAUUGACUUUGUAAUUGUUGAUAGAUAUCACAGAAAAAUA